AUGGUCCACAAUCUGAAACAAUGCCGAGUUGUCAUCCAGAAAGCAGUUGCCGCAGGCGCACGGGCGGUCUUCUUCCCGGAAGCAAGCGACUACAUCGGAAGCUCGCCGGCAGAAUCAUUGUCCCUUUGUAAGCCCGUGAGCGAAUCGCCUUUCGUUCUGGGUCUCCAAGAAGAUGCGAGGAAGUACUCUUUACCCAUUUCCGUCGGCGUGCACGAGCCCAGCGACGACCCGAAAAGCAAACGGAUCAAGAACAAUCUCCUGUGGAUUGACGAAAAGGGCCAAAUCGCUCGGCGCUACCAGAAACUCCACAUGUUCGAUAUUGAAUUGGAUGGCGUGCCAAAGAUCAAGGAGAGCGACUUCGUCGAGCCCGGCAACAAAAUCCUGCCACCAUUCGACAGCGUCAUCGGCAAAAUCGGCGAGGCAAUCUGCUUUGACCUCCGCUUCCCUGAAAUCGCCCUGUCCUUGAAACGACAGGGUGCCGACAUCAUCCUGUACCCUUCAGCAUUCACAGUGCCCACAGGAAAAGCGCAUUGGAUGCCAUUACUACGAGCACGAGCGAUCGAAUGCCAGACAUAUAUCAUCGCAGCCGCCCAAGUAGGACCCCAUACGGAAAAGAGGACCAGCUACGGACACAGCGUCGUUAUUGACCCGUGGGGCGAAGUGGUGGGCGAGCUGGGCGGCGAGAAGAAAGACGAGCCGGAGAUGCUGCUUGCUUCGAUUGAUCCCGAGCGGAUUGCGCAUGCGAGGCGGCAGAUUCCGCUUCCGAGGCGAACGUGA